CUGUUUACCCUGACGUCAGUUUGCAGAACUAGCACAGCCCUGUCUCCCUCCAGUGUCUCCGAAACUCCACACAGUCACAACUGGGGGGAAUAGAGGGGCUCCGCUUGUCUCCCGCGCGCCCGGACCUCACGGAGUGAGUGAAAUGACUUCUUCUUCUCAUUUAAAGUGGACUAAAACAUCUAAACGAUGAACACCUGCGCCUUUCUACUGAUUUUGACUGUUCAAAUCUACGCCGAUGGCAUUGAAGGACCAACAGCUGCCGGCUGCACAUUUGAAGAGGACUCUGACCCUAAUCUGUGUGACUUCACCCAAGGGGAGGAGGAUGACUUUGACUGGCUGCUAUUUCGGACGUACAGUUCACCUUCUGCCAGCUCUGACCUCUUGAAGGGGUCCUUCAUGUUGGUGAACUCUUCCCAGCAUGCCGUGGGUCACCGGGCUCAGCUGCUGCUGCAGACGCUGAGUGAAAAUGACACACACUGCGUCCAGUUCAGCUACUUCCUGUACAGCCGCGAUGGCCACAGUCCCGGGGCCCUACGUGCAUAUGUGCGAGUCAACGGUGGGCCGCUCGGCAGUCCGGUGUGGAAUACGUCUGGCUCUCAUGGCAAACAGUGGCACCAAGUUGAACUGGCUGUUAGCACCUUCUGGCCCAACGAGUACCAGGUCCUGAUUGAGGCAACAGUUUCCAGAGAGCGUCGAGGCUACAUCGCUUUAGAUGACAUCAUGGUGCUCAACUAUCCCUGCUAUAAGGCACCGCACUUCUCCAGGCUAGGAGAUGAGGAGGUCAAUGCUGGGCAAAAUGCCACUUUUCAGUGUGUUGCUGCUGGAAGGGCCUCAGAAGCUGAGAAGUUCCUGCUGGAGAGACACAAUGGGGACAUUUCAACAAUGGCGUCGGUGAAGCACCUGAGUCAUCGGCGCUUUGUGGUGUCUUUCCCGCUAGAUAGCGUUCAGCGUUCUGAUCAAGACCUUUACCGCUGUGUGACUCAGUCCCCCAGAGGCUCAGGGGUCUCCAACUUUGCUGAACUCAUUGUCAAAGUACCUCCAUCCCCCAUCGCGCCGCCUCAGCUGCUGCGUGCCGGCUCCACUUACCUGAUCAUCCAGCUAAACACUAACUCUAUCCUGGGAGAUGGCCCCAUUAUCAGGAAGGAGAUUGAGUACCGUGCCAGCCAGUCCCCAUGGUCAGAAGUGCACGGAGUCAACAUGGUCACCUAUAAGCUGUGGCACCUGGAUCCGGACACAGAGUACCACAUCAGUGUGCUAUUAACUCGGCCCGGAGAGGGGGGAACUGGCCCUCCUGGACCUCCUCUUGUGAGCAGGACCAAGUGUGCAGAGCCCAUGCGUCCACUGCGAGGCCUCAUAGCCACAGAUAUCCAGUCCAGGCAGCUGUCCCUGCAAUGGGAGAACCUGGCGUUUAACCUGACACGCUGCCACACUUACUCAGUGUCCCUGUGCUACCGCUACACCAUGGCCGGAGGAGGCGGUGGCCACAACACCACCGUACGCGAGUGCCUGGCUGUGGAACAUAACGCCUCACGCUUCACAUUGCGUGAUCUCCCACCGUACCACAGCAUCCAUGUUCGUCUGUCACUGGCCAACCCAGAGGGGAAGAAAGAGGGCAGAGAGGUCACCUUUCAGACUGAGGAAGACAUUCCCGGAGGCAUAGCGCCGGAGUCUCUCACCUUCACCCCUCUGGAUGACAUGAUCUUCCUGAAGUGGGAGGAGCCUGUAGAGCCCAAUGGUCUAAUUACACAAUAUGAGAUCAGUUACCAGAGUAUUGAGUCGUCCGAUCCAGGCAUCAACGUCCCAGGACCCAGAAGAACAGUGUCCAAGCUCAAGAAUGAGACUUACCACAUGUUCUCCAACCUUCACCCAGGAACAACUUACCUGAUCUCUGUCCGAGCGCGUACAGCCAAGGGCUUUGGUCAGACUGCCCUUACUGAAAUCACCACUAACAUCUCAGCACCUACCUUUGAUUAUGGAGACAUGCCAUCACCCCUGAGCGAGACUGAAAGCACAAUUACUGUGCUGCUGCGCCCUGCUCAAGGCAGAGGAGCACCUGUUAGCACAUACCAGGUGGUGGUUGAAGAGGAGACUGUUAAGAAGGUUAAGAGGGAGUUGGGGCUUCAGGAGUGUUUCCCGUUGCCCAUGUCACACAGCGAAGCGCAGGCCCGAGGCACGCCACACUACUACACGGCCGAGCUGCCUCCCAGCAGUCUGCCAGAGGCCAGUCCCUUCACUGUGGGUGACAAUCACACUUACAAUGGCUACUGGAACAGCCCUUUGGACCCUCGCAAGAGCUACCUUGUAUACUUCCAGGCUAUGAGCAACUUCAAAGGGGAAUCCCGAAUAAACUGUAUUCGCAUUGCUCGCAAAGCGGCCUGCAAAGAUCACCGCAAAGCUCUGGAGGUCUCCCAGCACUCUGAGGAAAUGGGGCUGAUUCUCGGUGUAUGCGCUGGAGGACUUGUAGUCCUCAUCCUCCUGCUGGGUGCCGUCAUCAUUAUCAUUAAGAAAGGAAUGAACUACUACUCUUAUUAUCCGAAACCAGUGAACAUGAAUAAGACACCCAUCACCUACCGGCAGGAGAAGAGCCAUAUGGGCUCCAUGGAGCGCAGUUUCACAGACCAGAGCACCCUGCAGGAGGAUGAAAGAAUGGCUCUUUCCUUCAUGGAUGCACACACGUGUGGUACACGAAGUGAUGCUCGAAGUUCGGUGAAUGAGGCCAGCAGCCUGCUAGGAAGCUCCCCGAGGCACCAAUGCGGACGUAAGAGCUCCCCCUACCACACAGGUCAACUCCACCCCGCCGUCCGAGUGGCCGACCUCCUCCAGCACAUCAACCAGAUGAAGACUGCCGAGGGCUACGGUUUUAAACAGGAGUAUGAGAGCUUCUUCGAUGGCUGGGACUGCACAAAGAAGAAAGACAAAACCAAAGGGAGACAUGACACGUUGCUUGGAUAUGAUCGCCACAGAGUGAAGCUCCAUCCUCUGCUGGGAGACCCCAACUCAGACUACAUUAACGCUAACUACAUUGAUAUUCGGAUUAACAGGGAAGGCUACCAUCGAUCCAACCACUUCAUCGCCACUCAGGGACCCAAGCAGGAGACCCUGUAUGAUUUUUGGAGAAUGGUGUGGCAGGAAAACUGUUUCAGCAUCGUCAUGAUCACUAAGCUGGUGGAAGUUGGCAGGGUGAAGUGCUGUAAAUACUGGCCUGAUGACAGCGAGAUGUAUGGUGACAUCAAAAUCACCCUGUUGAAGACAGAGACACUAGCAGAGUACACUGUUCGCACCUUUGCGUUGGAGAGGAGAGGCUACUCGACCAAGCAUGAGGUUCGUCAGUUCCACUUCACAUCCUGGCCUGAACACGGGGUGCCCUAUCACGCCACUGGACUGCUGGCUUUUAUACGAAGAGUGAAAGCCUCUACACCUCCUGAUGCUGGUCCUGUGGUGGUCCACUGCAGUGCGGGGGCAGGCCGCACCGGCUGCUACAUCGUGCUGGAUGUCAUGUUGGACAUGGCCGAGUGUGAAGGAGUGGUGGAUAUCUACAACUGUGUAAAAACCCUCUGCUCUCGACGCAUCAACAUGAUCCAGACAGAGGAGCAGUACAUCUUUAUCCAUGAUGCCAUUCUAGAGGCAUGUCUUUGUGGAGAGACGGCCAUCUUAGUGAAUGAAUUUGCAGUCACUUAUAAAGAGAUGUUGCGAGUGGAUUCGCAGAGUAAUUCCUCUCAGCUGCGAGAGGAGUUUCAGACACUCAACUCUGUGACUCCCCACCUAGAUGUGGAAGAGUGCAGCAUUGCUCUGUUGCCCAGAAACCGUGAGAAAAACCGCAGCAUGGAUGUCCUGCCACCUGAUCGUGCCCUGGCCUUCCUGGUCACCACAGAAGGAGAGAGUAACAAUUACAUCAAUGCUGCCCUCGCCGACAGCUUCCACCGGCAGGCUGCCUUCAUUGUGACCCCUCACCCUUUGCCGGGCACCACAGCAGACUUUUGGAGGCUGGUUUUUGACUACGGCUGCACAGCAGUGGUCAUGCUCAACCAGCUCAACCAGUCGAACUCUGCCUGGCCAUGUGUUCAGUACUGGCCGGAGCCUGGUUUACAGCAGUACGGACCCAUGGAAGUGGAGUUUCUGUCCAUGUCAGCAGAUGAUGAUGUCAUCACUCGUCUGUUUCGGGUCAAGAACGUCACCAGGCUCCAAGAGGGCCAGCUGGUGGUGUGUCAGUUCCAGUUCCUGCGCUGGUCAGCAUAUCGCGACGUUCCCGACUCCAAGAAGGCUUUCCUCAACCUGCUGGCUCAAGUGCACAAGUGGCAAAGGGAGUGUGGAGAAGGACGCACUGUUGUGCACUGCCUCAAUGGUGGUGGUCGUAGUGGGAGCUUCUGUGCCUGCAACAUCCUCCUUGAGAUGAUCCAGUACCAGAACAUGGUAGACAUCUUCUAUGCUGUCAAAACUCUACGCAACUGCAAACCCAACAUGGUAGAGUCUCUGGACCAGUAUCGCUUUUGCUAUGACCUCAUCCUGGAGUACUUGGACUGCUUUGAAGGCAGAUAGCAACUAAAUGUUUACGACAGCAGCGGUAUCCUGUGCGCUGGAGAUUCAAUUUGAGGCCACCCGGUGACCUCCCCUCUUCUUUAAUGUUUGGACCUUUGGACUUGACUUUGAAGGGACAGUGAAGGAAGGAGCAGGAAUAAAGAAAAAACAUGGUCAAGGUUCCAACUUUUAACCUUUAAUGUACAGCUGUGAGUUCCUCCUUGUUGAUGUUUAUCUCUUUUGAUAUUUUUUGUGUUUCACUCGGUCCUCUUUGCCUCCUGCUUUGAAUCUCUUUUUGUGCUAAGGGUUUCUGUAGCAGAAAAACAGUAUUCGGAUCCCCAAAAUGGACCUGUGUGUUGUGAUGAGGGUGACCAUGGCUGUGCUUUGUCGCUUCAUUCAAACAAGGCGGAGGCUGUUUGUAUUUCCAUGGUUACCGCUGCAUCAUAUUAACUUGGAAACACUCUUCUUUCCUUAGAGCUGCUCACAACAGCAGUCUGCUGUGGUCAUGGUAUGACUUAUCUAUAGUACCAUAAACUGCCUUAUUGUCUAAUGUUUGAACAAAUUUGUUCAAAUUACCACAUAAAUCUCAAAGUUCAUCAUACUGGUGUACAAAACAAGAAGAGACUUUAAUAGAGCCGUGGCAUUAGAAUUGAUCAUCCCAGAAUUCAGCAGUAUUGAGGCAAAAACUGUACAGUAGUCCAAUGUGUUGUAUUUUGCCAUAAUGUGUGUGCUGGAUUACCAUGUGUGCUAUAAGUGGGCAUUUCUAGGGUCCACAGCAGUGGGCCUGGUCCCACCACAGGAGAUUCCUGUCUCAUUACUGUCACGGUGCCAAUCCCACUGACUGACUUGAAUCCUUUACUUUGUUCUACUCUUCAUCUUGAUGUACGCCUACAAACUUGUACUGCAUCAUCUAAUGUUCCUGCUCCAAAGUGAUUGUUUGUAUUUUAUACCCAGUGGGAAAGAAAAAAUGAGCAGUGGGGAGCUGCACUGAGAUGCCAUAGUGGUGAUGUGAAAAAUGAUGUUCCAUUAAUGCUUUGGUAAUGUGUCUCUUCCCGUGCAGCAGUACAGGUUUGUGUUUGUAACUAUUUUACUAUUUUGUUGUCUGAUGCAUUUGGUUUUACUGUAAACUAUCAAACAAAGUUAAACCAUUUAAUCAUAUCAGGUGCGGGGCUAAUUUUGAGAACUUUGACAUGAAGUUAGUUGUUGUUAGUGGUGUACAAUAAGAAUAUAUAUUGUAAAAAAAGGGCAUUAGGAUUGUGCAUAAGGAAUUCAGUCCAUUAUGCAUCGGCAGUCACCACUAAACAUAUUGAUCUUUUCACAUCAUUUUCUAUGAGUGAAAAUGUUGUAUUAAAAAGGAAAAAUGGCAACAAAGACCCAGCUGUUUAGUUACCGCAGAGCUGAUAAGGGGAAAAAAGGAAAAAAAAAAAAAAAAACAUUUUUCAGCUUGCUGUCGUGGACUUUUUAAUCCCUCAGUCAGAC